AUGCUCACAACCACGGCCAUUGCUGCGGGCCAAACAAUUGUCUGCAAAACCCAGCAGCUGUUGUGUAUCGAGACGGUCAUCAAGACUGUGGACUUGGAUCUGUGCCACGAGAUGCUGCACUUACACUGUGACCACCUUCAUGAUCACAUCGCCGUCCCACAAGAUUUCGUCUGUGGUACCAACGGCUUCACAUACGACAACCACUGCCUAUUUGCACAAGACCGGUGCAAGUUGAUGACCGACCACAAAAACCAGCAACACGGCCAGCCAAUCUUCACAUUGGACGUUGCUACCGAUGGCUCCUGUACCGGCACACCUUCGCCAAUUGAUGGGACUGGCUGCCACCACCAGGAGUGUAUCGACCCGGCCCUGUCGUCAACAGACGCCGAGAUCUGUCUCGAGCUCACCAAAGUUCAUUGCUAUGGCCACGCCUACGAGCCGAUCUGUGCCAGCGACGGCGUCACAUACAGCGACCACUGCACUUUUGCUAAAAAGAGGUGCACCAGGGACGGGGCGAGUUUGACGAUUCAGUUUAUGGGCGAGUGCCACGGUUCCGUUAACAUUCAGACAACGGUGGCCAUGACCGGUGCCAGCAGCACAGCUUCACCCGCCGUCAUGACCACCGCGGCCAACUCUGGAGGGACUGGCGGUGUAUCGGUGGCUAGCACCACGGCAUCGCCGAUUGUGAGCGGCGCAGGAAGCACGGCGGCACCGGCGGUCACUUCCACCACAAUGCCACCUACUACAACUACCAAUAAGGUGACAAUGACGUUAGCGACCACACCAGCGGCGACAACUCCGUCUAUCUCGGAUCUGCUUGUUGGCGUCUUUUGCAAGAAUAUCAACUCCAUCAUCUGUAAUCAGGGCUUCGACAUCGUGUGUGGGUCCGACGGCAAGUUUUACCCGAACCCAUGUGAGCUGAGCAAGGCCUCCUGUUUUGACUCGUCGCUGAAUGUCAUGCCCGACAUGACAGCAUGCAGUGUUUAGCCGCCGCCAGCCCCGAGCCCGCAGCCGCAGCCAUUUGUAGUGUUUUUAUUGUGAAAUAAACAUUGUGGUAUACA